GGCACUAUGACCUGCCAAACGAUAGCGGCUAAAGGAAUGUUUAUAUUGAGAUAAGUCGCCUGCGCUUCGGAUUCAACCAUCAAUGGAUCAGUCGUCCUCGGUGCUGUCGGUCGCCACCGUGCAGUUCCAUCACCGAACACGUUGACGCUUGUAACACGAAAAUUACGCAUUACCAUGGUAACGUACUAGUGUUCUGUGAGUAUGGAAUCGGACGCUUCCGAGGGAGUCAAUAUCCCAAGCAUGAUGCAUCCAAGUAAUUGAACAACUCUGGAUAUACAAUGUGUUUCGACAGCAUCGUCCGAUCUCAAUUAACUGAGGCGGCCAACCGACUUGCUUCAUCGUCAGCUGCAUGUGGAUGCGAGACUGUGUUUACAAUCGGUUCAGCCAGAUAUCAUCGCUCAUAUUAACUGGACCUCUAUAACCAACUGCUCAGUGAUUCUAUCAGGCCUGGUGCAGCAUCCUUCGUGUGAUUGACCAAUACCUGUUACCUGGACACACACCUGGAGUCGGGGGAUGCUGAGCUUAACCUGCGGAUUAGUCGGUGAAGAAAUGAGAGGCCAACUGUGUUGAGAGUUACCUCCCUUCGACGAAAGGUUGUGUGAACGCCAUGUUGGAUGACAUAGGGUGAGAGCGAGGCUGCGCGUGACCCCGGUGAAGAACCUGCCGUCCCCGAUGACGCUCCCGAGAGAAUGUUUCCUCGGUUAUCCACUGUGUUUAGGUAUGCUACCCUUCUAGUCCUCGUCCUCAUCUCCGCCAUCAUGAUCUUCCAACUCGGGACAAACAGUGACGUCACUUCCGAAGAGAUUAUACUUCCUGUGGAGGUCUAUGACGUCGAACCUAUUCGUCGGGAAGACAUCAUGACGUCACUUCCCAAGCACACUGCCCGGGCCACCACGGCAAUAGAAAGCGACAACCCAAACGACCAUCAGCAUAAAUCUGCGAAUCCUCAUUCGUUCGAAUAUCGCAUCAAUCCAGUGACGCAGUGCGCAGGACAGGAGGUGUUCCUUGUGACGUACGUUCACUCAGCUCCCGCCAAUUUCAAAAAGAGGCAGACGAUACGGGAAACGUGGGGACACCACGUGUUUCUCAAGCGUCAUAAUGUCAGAGUUGUAUUCAUAAUGGGGACCGUUCCUGAGGCCCACGUGAUGAACAUGGUGGACAUGGAGGCCAACAGGUACGGAGACAUCGUGCAAGAGAAAUUUGUUGACAGCUACCGGAACCUUACCCACAAAGCCAUCGCAGGCAUAAAGUGGGUCUCAUCCUACUGUUCCAAUGCUAAGUUUGUUCUCAAAACUGAUGACGACAUUCUUGUCAAUUUCCACACAUUUCUAGACUUUCUAAAUUCCACUGUACAAAAGACCUACGGGACUAAAAGGUUGAUUGUGUGUAAUCAGUGGAUUCGCAUGAAAGUCAUGAGGGACAAGAGGUCCAAGUGGUACAUUCCGAAAGAGGAUUUCCCGGAUGAUUACUUUCCGCCAUAUUGUUCCGGUUCUGCGUACUUGAUGAGCGCAGACGUUGUGGGCGGAAUGUACAGGGCGUCAAUGACAACCCCGUUUUUCUGGGUAGAUGAUUAUUACAUUACGGGUAUGUUGAUUCAGAGGCUGAACCUCACGCAUCGGCGGUACAACCAAGCGUAUAUUCUGAAUCCUGGAGUUGUUGUGGACAAGUUUAACAACGAUAAAGAAAACAGUCUUGUGUUUUUCCACGUUCACAAACUGAGAACGAUGUACCAGAUCUGGCAGAAUAUGACGAUGAAACACAUAGAGAAAUUAUCAUUAGUUGACUCUGUUGCAAAGCCGUUCAGGCCGUCCUCCGCGCGAUCUGUGUGAAGGAGGGUUUCCCACCACAUAGCCAAUAGACCUUAACCAUUCGGGACCGACCAUUUGAUAACCAGGGAUGGGGACCUGUAAUUUAAAAAAAAAGAUGUUCCUGAAAAAAAUUACGAAAAUAUUUUUAUGUUACCUAAUGUUUUAAUAACAAAAGAAAUCGCUGGUUAGUUCUGAAAAAAAAUGUCCAAAUACUGAGCAGUGACCGAUAAAAUAGGCUAGCUUUUCUAAAAACAAUUCCACCACCCUUUCUCACCCCAUUUAUGAAAUGGUCUGUCCUGUGUAUACGGCGUGUUUGUUUCUUAGACACAUUUGUACAUAAAAGGUAUGCUGCAUACCUAGGUAAACCAUAGUCCCUGCUUACUAAGGCAAAUGAUAGGUGCUGCAUGUUACGGAGAAGUGUAUGUUCCAAAAGCUUACGGUUCUGAAAAUGACCUACUCGUGUGCUUAAUGGUUGCGCGUUGUGUCCUGCAUCGGAAGCAUGUAAGGGCCAUAAAGGGCUUUUUUGUACAGGUCAUCAUCUUCCAAAUUCCAAGGCUAAAUGAAUUAACGUGAGAUCACGUACAGGCUGUUAUGUUCUGAUAAUGAUCUUGCAAACGACGAAUCUUGUUAGCGUUUCAAGGGUCAAUUUACGGUAGCCUGUAGGGACCAUUAUGAGUUUUAGUUCUAUUUUUAUAUUACAAGUUGCAAAGCUAAAGAAAUUCAGUUUGGCUCUUGGGGCUCUGGGUGUUUAUGUUCUCACUAUGAGCUGCCAAACGGCGAGGCUAAAUAUUUUUGUUUUGUUAAAUGUAUUGACCAACAUGGUGUUUGAUUCAUGCGAUGAUAGUGGAAAAGAGAGCUGAUAAAGAGAAGCGUGAUGUUACGGAUACAUGUAGGGACCAACUCGCGAUUUUUAUAACAGUAUCACUGGUAGUAGGUCGAGUCAUGUUAUGGAAGCCUGUAGAAAUUUCAUUCAUUGGUUUUGAAAGAGAUAUUGAAAGUGAAUUGUAUUGACCGAUUGAAUUAACAAGUUUUGACCAAUAUAUGUCUGGUCCUGACGCACAUGUGACCCUGAUAAAAGCAAGUUUAAGUGGUAACAGACCAUAAUACAGAAACCUGACAGGGCCAAAAAUGUCUUUUUGCAGUAUGAAUAAAUUUAUUUAUUUAAAUAAAUGUAAUUUUUAUCUUCCCAGUACUUAAAGGCCAACCAUUUGAUAUACAUGCGUUCCUUUUUAUUUUUUAUUUUUCAAACAUAAGUUAUUUUGAAAAACAGCAUAUCGACAAAGAUUUUACUAAAAAAAACAAGUUCGUUGGACAAGAUGGACGUCCGGCAUAAGUUUUUUGCUGGUUUUUUUUGUCCGUCGUCUUAAAAAAAUAUGGAUUCAAGAAGUGUCUCAGAAUAUAUUCUGUCUCAAAAAACUCUCUGUCCCUCCUCGUCCCCCUCCUACCCCUUGAUAUUAAAUGGUCGGUCCCUGUGCAUUUAUACACGUUAUAGGACGUACAUGUUCCCACCACUGAAGUCAUGUUAUUAUGUAAUGCAAAUGAUAUCUCAUAUCUGUUAUUUUUUUAAUGUGAAUUACAUUCCGUUUGACAUUCCAUCGACUGAUCCUGAAGAUAAUACUCCUGUCUCCAUCUUACCUGUGAGAGUGUUCUCACUACUAACAACAGAAUCAUGAAAUGUCGCGAUGAUUAAUUAAUGAAGAAAGCUGCAUGUGUGCUAAUACUUAUACGGUAAAAAAAAAGCCAUUCCGCCGAUAAUGAAUAUUACUUAAAAUAAUGACAACAAUUGCAAAGUGCGUGUUUCAAGAAAUAUCCAUUUUGCUAACGACAAACAUCUUCAUUGAGUUUUGAUCACUGGGUUACAAUCGGCCUAGAAUCGGCACAGACACGGGGCAAAGAAUACUAAAAGUCAAAUGCAUGCAGCGUGACCAUUAGUGGAGGUUAAACUGACAGAAAGCUUUACCUUAUGUUACAGCACAAUGGAAUGAAUGUUUAAGGUGUAAAAGACUAAAUUAUAAAAUAUAACCAAUAUCUUAACCAAUAAUAUAUUCAUUUUGUAUAAUGUAAGUAUCAAAUGUACUUAAAUUAUUUAAUGGCAACAAGUUCAUACAACCUUAAGCUUACUACUAACUUAUCUUAAUUAAACAUAUUAAUAAAUAAUUGAGCUUCCCACAAUUGUUAUUAUCAACUGUUUGAAUCUUGAAAAAAAAUAUUAUGAUCAUGAUAUCAUAUGAUUAUUAUAAAAAGGACUGUAAGCGAAUAACGGUAUAUAUUAUAGUCCUUUUUUUAAAGACAAUGUUUGGAGGUGUCACGCAAAAAGCCUUUUCACGUAUUAAUGCUAUGCCCGUAUAAAACAAUCCACUUUUGUCUCUUGUAUAGGUUUAUUUUUAUCAUUAUUAUAAUGAACGGGUGUCAAGUUACUGCAUUCCAAAAUAUUUUCUCCAGUUGGUUAUAUGUUUGUUUCGUUGUUCAGGAACCCCGUUUAUCCAGAUUUGUCAAUGAAACCGAACUGUCCAUAUUAAUGAGGUACAAGUGUGAUACUGAUAUCGUGGUUGUACGUUCAACGUUCGUUACAACUCACGAAUUUCGUUCUUUUUAUAUGUUCUCUCUUUGCUGAUAAGAAAUUAAAUGGUCGAAAAAUAUCUGUUUGCAAGUCACAUUAAAUGGUGUUUGUUUUAGGAAAAAAACGUCCCUCGUCAUUAGAGGCAGUGAAUACGUAUUUAUUGAUUUAUUUUGAACAUGGUUGUAAUAGCAGUAGUACUAUAUCCAGCCAAUCAAAUUCCUGACGUCUAGCUUCACAGAAUUAGCUCGGUGCAGACACCUGUAGCGAUGCCUUACAUUAGCUGUCAUUGGAACGAUGUCCUGAGCUUGUAACAGGAAACGGCUGCAAAAUUUACGACGCCUUUGCGCAGACAGGUGUAUAAUUUUGUCAGCUUUUCAAUCACAAAAUGUCUCGAAUUUUACUGCUUUAAAAGACAGCCAUACUUGAAAAAAAUCUGUAAGCUGUAAUUUUUAUUUGUCAGGUGAUAUUCCUUAAUGCACGCAUUUGGCUGGUUAUUUAGCAAGGUACGCUAUAUUAUCGCGGUAGUUAAUUUAUAAUGGAUGGUAAUGGCGAAUGUUUACCGACACAUUAACUAUGUCAAACGCAAAAUGUUUCUUGUUCUUUAUUCAACUUUUAUGUCACAUCGAUUAGGAUUGAUCGAUGCUGAUUUUCUUUCCGAGUUCGGGCAAUCUCAUUAAAAUCAGACCUUAGUUCUCGCUACCGCUAAGCUUUGUUUAGCGGUAGCGAGAACUAAGGUCUGAUUUUAAUGAGAUUGCGAGUUCGGGAAACAAAGCACCUGUCUUUGGCGACUCAAGGGCGGGCAACUCUAUAUUAUCGCGGUGUCACUAUUUUGUGUGUGAUACGUGUGGAUUAUGUGGUUUACAUCACUUCCUGUUUUUGAUUAUGCAUAAUCAGUAUUCAUACGACCUAGGUCAAAACACAACGUUCAAACAAGUGGAUUCUUUUCUAACCAAUUUUGAAUGGAUGUAGGGGUAAUUCCACUUCGAAAACGUUCCCGAAACUAACAUAAAAAAGUUAACGUGUAUACUUACGAGUAGCCAUCCGUGACAUAACGCAGCGAGUCCUGUAUUCGAUCAUGCGAUGAAAUAUUGUGCUAAUUUUGCAUAUAAAGUAAACAGUCGACAGUUGAUGUAGAUUACAAGAUUUACCGAUACCGCGACAAUAUAGAGUCAUACCUUACGUGAAUAAUGGGUUCAAGGCUGAGGCUGUGCAUUAUCGGUGGUAUGCGAUGGAACAUUGAGUUUUAUUUACAUCGUACGUUUGAACCUGUCGAAAGAGGCAUUUGUGUUGUAUUUUAUGGGCGCAUCACGCUCCCGCGGCACAAUCGUGCCCAUUCGUGACCAACUCGUGUUAUUCCGGGACAAGCCGGAUAGCGAUCUUCUUCCAGGUUGCGGAAAGGGGCGAGUGGUGACGAAUGAAUCGUGCCUUCUCGCACACCUCACGGAAAACCACGACAGCGCUAGGACAUGAGGAUCUAGCUCGGGUUGUUUUUCACGAGUUCAAUUUCGAAAGAGAUUUAAGUUAACGUAAAUAAACCGAACAAAAAACUACAGAUGGGUCACUCUGCAAGAGACUGGAUAAUACGACCAUGUCUGAUUCGGAGCAUGCCAUGGUGGCCUCAUCAGGGACUUUAUACUAUAUGCAGUUUUAUAUGUAGCUAACGCCAUUGUGAAACUGCGCCAAAGCUCAGAUAAAAAGAGAUAUUUCAGCAGUUUGAUAUAGAGAACGGUGAUUCAUCGCGUUGAAAUGUGGAAUAUUUUUCCGAAUCUGUUAACUUGCCUCCGUAACGUGAAUAAAAACUUUGGGGUAAACCUUUUUAACGAGCAUUUUUUUAGAUUUCACCCUUUUUUCAUUUUUUUUCACUCAAUCGACAUAACUUUAAAUGGUCGCUUAACAACGCGUUUCAAAUUUGAUUUGUAUUUAUUAUAUAUCCCCGACAGUAUGGUUUUGUUAAAAUAUGUAAACUAUAAAUUGCAAAAAGAAAGCCUUACUAAAACAACAACUUCUGGGGUUUAGCGGUGCAGUCCCUCAUAUUCUUUUAGUUUCAAUUGAAAGGAGUAAAUCGUUUGUAGAGACCUUUUUUAACCGAUACCUGUUGUCAUAAUAGACUUACAUCGGCGAGAGUUAUAGGGUUAUAUGUAUUUUCAAAAUGAUAUAAGGUCACACGUUUCUGCAGCUGUUUUCUCCGACAGAGGUUUUAGGUUUUGAAACAAACGCAGAUUGCGAUUCCUUGUGUACCUCAUUGAUAUUAUAAACAGUGUAACCUCGUUAAUCCGGACACCGUUAAUCUGGAAACCACGAAUCUCUGGUUAUCGUGUUUGGAACGCCCCUAUGCACACAUUUACCCCUGAAGUUUAUUUGUAGAUCUGGUUGAAUUCACCGGUAUCGGUAUUGUCCGUAUCAAAAAGGUUUCACUGUAUUAUGUUUUGUUGAAAUGUAAAACAAUAUAUGUCGUUUUUACUGUGAUAAUGCAUUCCAAAAAAUAUAUCUGCUACUUACGUCAGAGGAAUCUGAAGUUCUGAUUAAAAUAAUAUAUUAAGAUUGUAUGGCUUUUCCAUUUUAAAGACAUUUCUCAGAGUCUGAACUUUGAUAGUGAUGGCGACUCUGCAUUCAUCUCUCUCUCUCUCUCUCUCUCUCUCUCUCUCUCUCUCCAUAUAUUUAUGGAGUGAUAUUUACGCAGUGAUAUCACGAUCUCAGGAUGAAUUUUUGAUUUGUGACGUCACCGCACACCAAAUGUAUUUAUAUAUAGAGAGGGUAGUUUGAUAGAUAGUGAUGAGUCUUUAUUUCCUUAUUGUAUUCAGAACUUCAUAUGCCUAUACUGACAUAUCCACUGACAUAUCCGGAGAAGAGAGGAAAACACAUCCUCUUCCUGUCCUCGUUACACCCAGAUAAGCUUGAUGUAACGGCACGUGUCUGUCUCUCAUUGUGUGUUAUAGUCCUUGACAUGUUUAUGUGAAAGUACCGGUUGAAAUUCGUCGAGAGGAUUCGUGAGAUUAUCCCUGUAGUGUUACUAGCGUGUUUACUCCCAGUUAUGCUACAUCCGGCGCCUAUCGGUACUACAAAGUUGUGCUUCCGGGUUUCAGUGCUGUCUUCACUCAACCAGUUGAUCUGUCUGUCAUUAUUGUCUGUCUCGUCAUGAGGGCAAUCAACACGUUUGUUAAUAAAAGUCUGUGGGAGAGCUUUUUA